AUGAGCGAAAAGCCCGAGAUUUCACAUCGCGAGUCCCAGAAGUCUGAUGGCUUUGUGACGGCGCUCCCCGACACUCUUCGGAGAGAUGGCGGUUUGUUGCUGGAUGCUGAGGGUCUCGAGAGGCAAGAUGAACAAGUUUCUCUCAAGUUUGCUUCUGACGGACAUACGGUGCUCCUCCCUCAACCCACCGAUAACACAUGUGAUCCUUUGAAUUGGUCGUGGACAAGAAAGCAUCUUGUUCUUUUUACAGUUGCAUGGGCCGCAUUGACAGCUGAUGUCACCGCGGCAGCUGGCUCGGCCAUUAUCUUCCCGCAGGCUGCGCAGUGGCACAUCACUCCUGGCCGAGCAAAUGAUCCCAACGCCAUAGCGGUCCUUCUCAAUGGUAUCGGUGGUCUCAUUUGGGUGCCAGUGAGCUCCAUCUGGGGCCGCGGACCGGUACUCUUCUGGACAACCGUCUUCGGCUUCGGCUUCCAGAUCGGCAGCGCGUGCUCGACCGAAUACGAAACCUACUACGCUAUGCGAGUCGUCUCGGCAUUGUUCCUCACCAGUGGCCAAGUCAUAUCCAUUGCUUUUCUCAAAGACAUCUUCUUCUUCCAUGAACGAGCUCGCAAGAUCGGCCUCUGGGCAGUGCUCUACAUCGCCUCUCCCUAUCUUGGACCCUGUCUCGCCAACUUCAUAAUUGCGGCGACGCACCACUGGCCACAUGUCUACUGGAUGUGCUCCGGAUGCGCUGGCAUCCAGCUUCUGCUCGUGCUAGCCUUCGCGGACGAGACGUGGUACAAUCGCGAUGUGCCUGAUUCACAACAGCCCGCACGACCUGGAGGCCUGGGACGAUUAUGGAGACUGACUGGCGUCUGGGGAUUCCGGCACCAUAGUAGUUACUUCCCUUCGACUGUCUCCGUUUCAACACCUCAAGAAGCUGGUGGCUAUGGUCUGUCCACCACCACGAUUGGCUACGUCUACUUUGUCAAUAUUGGCGGUGUGUUCAUUGGUGAAAUUUUCGGCCACUUCUUUAACGACUACAUGGCACGUCGCUACGUGAAGCGCCAUAAUGGCGUUUUCGAAUCCGAGGUCCGCCUCUGGACUGUCUACGUCUCCGUAGCACUGAUGAUUCCUGCGCUCAUACUGAUUGGCCAGUCUCUGGAGAAGACUCUACCACUCGUCGCCGUCAUCUUCGGCCUGGGCAUCUUUACGACCGGUGUCAUGAUCAAUUCCGUGGCUGUCACGGCGUACGCGCUGGACUCAUACCCAACAGUCCCGGCGGAACUCAGUGGAUGGCUGAACUUUGCGAGGACCGUCGGCGGGUUCGCGGUGGGCUAUUUCCAGCAGCCGUGGUCGGAGAGAGUCGGUGCAGAUGCGAGCUUCGGGACACAGGCUGCAAUUGUGGCAGUUGCAACUAUUCCGGUAAUCGUGGUCCACCGCUACGGUGCCGCGAUUAGGCAGAAAUACGGACCAAUUGGCUAA